ACCCCUCCUCCCCUCUUUCUCAGGCGAUUUAUUUUUGCUCUAGGGGUCCGCCGUCGAUGGCCAAUUUAGGCCAAUCCACGGCUGUUCUUCGCCGGAUUUUUGAGGGGCUUUGUUCCCUGUCACGAGUUCUCACCACUUUCAGGGACGAGAAAUACUUUGCCGUGUUAUCGGCCAACACCAAUUUGGGAUUGAGUCAUAGUUCUCGUUGUUGUAUUGUCUGGUACUGAUACUAGUCUCAUGAACUUCUAUCUUAGAAAACUAACCACUAGACACUUAUCUGUUUCUCUCCCGUUUGGCGUUUGUAACAUUUCCAAUGUAGCCUGUAGAAGUUGCUUUAGCUACUUUUCCACCCUGUCUAGUGAUUUUCGUUUCGAAAGUCCCCAGAACUGCAUGAACGUGGCAAGAGAUUCUGAUAUUAAUGUUGUACUUGCUAGAAUAAGUCCUGGAAGCAGUGAGGCUGAGGUUGUCCAAUCAUUGCUUUCUGACCCGGAUUGUGAUUCCAUAAAGAUCACUGAUAAAUUUGUUGGUAGGGUGCUUUAUCGGUUUAAAGAUGACUGGAAGUCUGCACUUGGUGUUUUUAGAUGGGCACAAUCACGUCCCGACUACAAGCCCUCACCGGAAUUGUACGAUAAGUUGGUGGAUAUACUGGGAAAGAUGAAGAAAAUGGAAAAGAUGCAUUCUUUGAUAGACGAAAUGCAUGCAGGCCAUCUUAUUUCUCUUAAUACAAUAGCCAAAGUUAUGAGAAGGUUUGCGGGUGCAGGAGAGUGGAAAGAAGCAGUGAGGACAUUUGAUGAGCUGGGAAAAUUCGGUUUGGAGAAGAAUACGGAAUCAAUGAAUUUGUUACUUGACACUCUGUGCAAAGAAAAUAGAGUCCAACAGGCGCGUGAAAUCUUCUACGAGCUCAAGUCGCAUAUCCCACCAAAUGCAAACACGUUUAACAUUUUUAUUCAUGGUUGGUGCAAAGCUAAUCGGGUAGAAGAAGCGUACUGGACAAUUCAGGAGAUGAAAGGCAGUGGUUGUUGUCCAUGCGUCAUCAGCUACUCAACCAUUAUCAAGUCCUACUGCCAGCAAUUUAACUUCCAGAAAGUCUACGAGCUUCUCGAUGAAAUGCAAGGACAAGGAUGUCUACCAAAUGUUGUCACUUUCACCACCAUCAUGUGCUUCUUGACAAAGUCAGGGGCAUUUGAGGAAGCCCUUAAGAUUGCUGAGAGGAUGAAAUCAGUUGGCUGUAAACCUGAUACACUUUUUUACAAUGCUCUGAUUCAUACAUUAGGCGUGGCACACCGAUUACAAGAAGCUACUCGUGUUUUGAAGGUUGAAAUGCCCAGAAAUGGUGUUCAACCCAAUACAUCGACUUACAAUACUAUCAUUGCCAUGUUUUGCCAUCAUUUGCAAGAGGAAAGAGCACUAGAAUUUUUAAGUGAUCUGGAAAGUUCACCAUUUUGUAAACCUGAUGUUCAGUCAUACUUUCCGCUGCUGAAGUUGUGGUUUAAAGUUGGAAAGUCAGAUGAAUUCCUGAAAAUAUUGGUGAAUGACAUUGUUAAUAAGCAUCAUCUAAGUCUUGACCUAUCAAGUUAUGCACUUCUUAUCCAUGGUUUGUGCAGAGCAAAUAAAUGUGAAUGGGCCUAUCUUAUUUUUGAAGAUAUGAUCCUCCAAGAGAUUACUCCUCGAUACAAGACAUGCAGUGUAUUGCUGCAGGAAGUUAAAAAAAAGAAUAUGUAUGAUGCUGCUGAUCGGAUUGAAUUGUUCAUGAAGAAAAUGAAGACUGCCUGAACAUUUCCUGGAAACUAAUUUGAUGAUUCAUUUAUCAAGUAGCAAGUUUCUGUUCUUGUGUGCCUGCAGCUUUCCGCAGAUUGUUGAAUUUGAAAUGUUGAUUUCUUGAUCUGGCAUAACACUUAAAUCUGGGAAUAGUUUCUGUAGCUGUUGCUCCGGUUUGGUACAUAGUUAUACCUUGAUGAUGUUAUCUUACUAUUUCUUGCAUAUGGCUGCUUAAUUAAGACAGAUUAGUAUACUGUUGCUUGGGUGCUGAAUACAGAUUAUCUUGUGAAUGUCAAUAUUGUAAAGCACAUAACUUUGUUCUAACACCUUGUAUGCGAGUAUUGAAUGUUGCUCAAAACUUAUAUUCAUGGUUAAUGAAUUCAAAACAUUUGUUU